UCCGUCCUACCGUAAAAAUAACACAGACGUUUGAAUGAUGUUGUUGCUCAUUUACAGGGAAUAAUAUUAUCGUUUUUGAAACUUGUUGAAUAUUUUGAGAAAUACGUGAGUAUCAGUAAUACCAUGGGGGAGCCUUACAUCAAGAAAACUCAGGACACUUUAGGAAAAAUUAUUAAAAAACCUCCGCUGACAGAGAAGCUUUUGAAGAAGCCACCAUUCCGAUUUCUUCACGAUGUUAUUUCCGAGGUUUUAAAAACAGGGUACAUGAAAGGUUUAUACACAAAAAAUGAAAUGGAUUCACAAACAGCCGGAAAGGACAAAGACAGUAAAAUGGCUUAUCUACAAAAAGCAAUUGAUGUUACUAUAAUGGUUACUGGCAUAAAUUUAGCAAUCCGUCCAUCAAAAGUAGUUGCUGGCCAUGAAGCUGAACAAACUAAUGAAUUUCUACAGGCCAUGGCUAAAGCCAUCUCAGGAAAGAUGGACAGCAAAGAAGCAGUUCAAAGAGUUUUAAAAGGAGAAAAGCCUGGUGCACCCAAAGGUGAUAAGGAAGAGUCUAAAACAAGCAGUAAAGAGGAAUCUAGCAAAGAUAAACACAGAAAUAAAGAGAAAGAUAAAAAUGACAGGCGGUCUGGCAGCAAGGAUAGAGACAGGAGUAAGGACAGGGAAAAAAGCAAAGACAGAGAGAGAGAAAAAGACCGACACAAGGAAGACAAAGAAGAGAAGAAGAGACAAAGAGGAGAGAAGAGACCGAGACAGACACAAGGAGGAUAGAGAUGGUAGGAAAGAUAGAGAAGAUCGCAAGGAUCGGGAAGAUCGAAGAGAUAGAGAUGACAGAAAAGAUAAAGACAGGCGGCAUCGAGAUCGGGAUCGUGGCAGAGAAAGACGGCACAAGAGAGAGGAAGAAGAAAUGUCUAAACAAAAUGAUGAGGAGGAUGUAGCACCUCCUCAAAAAGGAGAAGGAGGCGUAGUGAGUAAUGAGG